AUUUCUUCAGAGAGUGCAGCCUUUGCGAUGCAAACCUGACCCAUGCUGCGCCCUCCGCUCAGGGGAUGGCCAAGGUCCAGGAUGGACACAUAUACGCAUGUGACAGCUCUGCGAUGUUAGAGGAGGUCCAAGAUGGUAUGGACAGCGGUACCCUAAGUCCUGCCACAGCUCGACAGGUCACCAUCCAGCGACACCCAACUCAAGGCUUCGGCUUCAUCGCAGGCAGCCAAAGACCCGUCAUUGUACGCUCAGUCUCUGCCGACGGACCCUCCUUUGGUAAGCUUCUCCCCGGAGAUCAGAUCUUGGCCAUUAACGAGGAGACGGUGAGCGACGCGCCCCGAGAGAGAGUCAUAGACCUUGUAAGACGCUGCAAAGACUCCAUUGUUCUCACUGUGCUGCAGCCACAUCAGUCACCAAAGUCCGCCUUCAUAAGUGCAGCCAAAAAGGCUCGUCUACGAACGAACCCGCCUAAAGUGCGUUUUUCAGAGCAAGUGUCCAUCAGCGAUCCAGACUCAACAAUGCUGAAGGACGAAUCUUUGCUUCUCAUACCCAACGUGUUGAAGGUCUUUUUGGAGAAUGGGCAGAUUAAGUCCUUUACCUUCGAUAGCCGUACAACUGUGAGAGAUGUGAUCUCCUCCCUGCAGGACCGCCUCUCACUGCGCUACAUUGAGCACUUUGCCUUGGUGCUGGAGGCAGGCGGUCUCGACCAGAAUCCAAAGUUGCAUCUGCUGCAGGAGAACCAGCCCCUGACGCACGUGGUGCAUAGAACCUAUUUCCAAGGAAUGAAGUGUUUGUUUCGCAUCUGCUUCUUCCCCAAGGACCCUGCAGACCUGCUGAGGAGGGACCCUGCUGCAUUUGAGUACCUCUACAUUCAGAAUCGCAAUGAUGUAAUCAAGGAACGCUUCAGUAUGGAUUGGAAAUCUGACAUCACAUUACGACUGGCCGCACUCCAUAUCUACAUCACUGUGUCCUCGGCAAGGCCCAAUCAGAAGAUUUCUCUCAAGCAUGUGGAAAAGGAGUGGGGACUUGAGCCUUUCCUUCCCCUCACACUGCUUCCAACAGUCAAGGAGAAGAAUGUGUGCAAGAUUCUGUCACAGCUGUUGAAGACCUACCAGCAUCCACCACCAUCGGGCAACAAGGUGCCUCCUCUCCAGGGAAAGCUGCAGUACAUGCGUGUACUCAAUGACCUCCCACCCUUUGGGGGAAUACUGUUCAACACAGUUGAAAUGGAUGAAAAACAAUCAGCCACAAAUCUUCUGGUUGGUCCUCGACAUGGAAUCAGCCAUGUGAUUGAUCUGAAAAACAACCUGACUACCGUUCUGACAGAGUUUAGUAGGAUAUCCAAGAUCCAGCUCUAUCGAGAGACCCAAGGAGUGGCACGUGUGGAGGUGUCAAUCCACGAUGGAAAGCCGCUUGUGCUACUCAUGGAAUGGCCUGAUGCCAGUAACUUUGCCUGCCUCAUCUCUGGAUACUACAAACUGUUUGUAGACCCAAAAAGGAACAUUUACUUCAGGAUCCCUGGUCAGUCUCAUAUGACCAAGGCAGAUUACAGAAGCUCCCACCAUUCACACCCGCGCUCUGGGGCAACCGGAUUACCAAGUGGAGGGCGAAGAGGGGAUGAGAGAGAAAACUCGCACAGAGAUACAGGGUCUUCCAGGGCCGUAGCCCCUGCAGAGUCUCAACAUCUAGGUCUGUGUCAUUUCCACCUUCAGGAACAACAACAGUUUCAGGAGCUCCAAGCACACCCUGAAGCUGAACUUGACAUCAAUGAGAACUUUAUUUCCCAGGAGGCCCCUGGGCGGCCCCGCACCAAGUCAGAGCCAACGCAACAGAGUACCGAGGAUAUUGCUGGGGUUUCAGUGAACCCCCCAGUAGAUAAUGCAGGAUUUAGAGUCCGAGCUCAAACAUUGGCUCAGACGCAGAAAGCACCACGGUUCUUCUGUGACUCCUGCAAAGACAGGCAGCGGAAUGGAGAUUUGUCAACAGCUGGGAACAGUGGUCGAAGCUCAGGAAAAGUGUGCUCUAGUGCUUGUGCUUCUCGAAAUGGAGGUAGCGUUGACCUCAUGGCCCUGCCGCCCCCUGGGAAUGAGGACGACGAUGAAGAGGAGCCACCCGUUGAAGGCGAAAAGCUGCAGCUACCACCACCUGCGAUUGCUGCCCCACCACCUGGCUUUAGAGACAACAGCUCUGAUGAGGAUGACUCAAAGAGAGGAAGGAAGGCUCGAACCAGCGGCAACACAGCAAUUACCAGUGGGAAACAGCGCCAAACUAAAGAAGCCGUGCCUGUGACACUAAUUGAUAACGUGGCUACAAGAACAGUUCGAGAUCAUGCACAGGAACUUGACGAUGCUUUGGUGUCCACCUUACAGGCUCUAGAGGCUUUGGCAGCUUCUGAGGAGUAUCCCCAUCCCCACCAACAGCCAACACAGACUGCAGGGCUCAUCGUAUUGGCUGCUAUUACACCAGAGUCAUCGUUGGACUCAGGCCAUGAGACCAAUUCUUCUGAACUGACAGAUGUUUCUGAGAUGGUUUCAGCGAUGAAGCAGAAUCAAAACCAGGCUUACCUGUUAACACAUCAUAUAAACAAGGAAAGUCGCCUCUGCCGCCGCGACUUUCCUUUGGCAAUCCCUGGAUGCACAGCAAAGACAAUAGGGACAGGGGCAUUUUCUGUGGGUCAGAUACGUGCUGGAUGUCCACCCAAGCAAGUAAUUCUCAGCAAGACUGUACCCUUCAAAGUCGACCCUUGUCAAGACUCUGGAAUUGUUGGUGUUGUGAGGGAGCAUAGAAGCAAUCAAGAUACUAUUCAGAAUGAACAGACACUUGAAUUAAAUGCAAACUUUGAUUCUACUAAAGCAAACAUUCAUAAUCCUACAUCUAAACCAGCUGAAGAACUUAAAGUGUCUGAGGUUUCGCUUUCAGCACAAGUCACUAAAGAUCCAAAGUCGUCCAGUGUCACUGGGGAUAUUCAAAGGCUAAAUCUUCCUGAUGGCGUAAAGGAGAAGACAACACCACCUCUUAAUACAGACAAAGCCUUAUCUGUUCUAUUACCUGUGGACAGAACUGCCUCAGCCAAGACUCCCCUGACUAAUAUGUGCCAAGACGCCGAGACUGCCUCUAGCGAGACCAGUAAGCCUUCCAGCUCGACAGAAUUUCUGUCAGUUAAUGAUCUUUUCUGCACAUGCCCGGUGCAACAGGGACCCGGGCCUCAGUUGAGAAUCAAAGAUGCACAGGUUCAGAAGGUAGUAGUGUUUCAAUCCUCAUCCCCUACUGAUGAUGAGCAUCUACGAGCAAAAGGACUCUUCUUGGCUAACAACAAAGAAAAUGCCAUAAAAAUGGCAGCAGAAUGUAAUUUGGCAAAACCAAGUCCUAAAGUGCAGAUCAACUAUUCUCCUAAUUUGCCUCUAAAAGCAGAGAGAAAAGAUGAAGCCGAUAGCAUGACAGAUGUUGUCCCUGGUAAAUCCCACUCCGAGCCACAGAUAUGUGUCACAAAAUCAUUACCUAAUUUAGAGGAUAACACACCAAUAUCCUCUUUAGAUAAGGUAUAUACUCUGCCAGCGAGAGAAUCAAAGAAAGUGGGCAGUUUAAAGGGGAAAUCCCAGCGCAGUGCCCCUUUUUUGAGCAUUAGAAAUUUACUUUCAGCAACGUUUCCGGCAAGAAUGAGGAGGGAAACAGAUGAGCGAAGGGCUCAACUGCAAAAGGUUCGUCAGUACGAGUUGGAGUUCUUAGAAGAGCUGCUGAAACCCAAGUCCUCACAGGGAGAAUUUUUGCCCCAAGGAUCCUCACCUGUGCCCUCAGGGACUCCUUGUGCAUGUCAGCUACGCAACAGCCCUGUCCUAAAAGCACCAGGUAUCUCCAGGGAGCAGAGACGUAGCUGUGACUGUAAGAGAAUGUGUAGAGGUAUGAGGUUACCUGAUACGCCAGUUGGCUCCAUGACAGAAACGCAGAACAGAGGCAGGGAGAGAACUACAGCAAAUACCCCUCCCACGGUCACCAAAGCACCUCAUAGUGAAGGUGCUACAAGGAGAUCUCAGAAUUUGGAAGUCAAGACUGCACGAAUACGUUCCAUCAGCCUUGAAUCAAGGGAGCCAAGGGGAGAGCAGGGCUCCUGCUUGCCAACUGGUACCUCACAAACAGACUACGUGGAGGAACCACAAAAACUCCAGAGGCGAUAUAGCAUUGGAGAGCUCGAUAACAAUACUAACACUCCGGUUUAUGCUGAGGUGAAGCCCAAAACCAAAAGUCUUGAGAAAGAGAUGGAGAGAGUGAGGGCCACAGGAUUGAGGCUGCCGACCCCAGUGGAGCCAAUUCAUACACAAUCUCUUCAGCCGGACGGGAAGGGGAAAAAGAGUGUGUUUUUUAUACAGAGCAAUGAGUUAUUGUGUGAGAAUAAAGGAGAGACCGCGGAGGUUCUGCUGACCUUGCCCAGCGAAGACAGCGACGACAGGGACAAAUGCUGCUCAUUCUGUUUCUGCUACAGGAAAUGUGAGGCAGCAGAUGAGAGCAGUGAGAAGGACGAGUUAUCCUACUCCAUUCCCCUUCAGGUUCUUCCAGGUAUGGAGCUGGACUCAAGUACCUUCCCUGUUGUUAGCAAAACCCUCCAGGUUCUUAAUGCAGAGGACUGCAGUGUAGAAGAAGACACAGAGAAAGAGCCGCAUGCACAAGAGAUUGACCUUAGAGCAUGUGGUACACUGGAGGGGAGCCUGGCACGGGUCCAGACCCUACAGGGGAAAUCCUUCAGCCUGCCUGAUGGCUUCCUAAACGCCCAGUUGGAUGCAAAUGAGUUAUUAGCUAUCCUGCGUCAGUGUGCAAACAGCCCACAAGCUGAGGGUGAGGCUCGUCUUCAACCCUCACGGAUUACAGAGUACAAACAGGAGCUGGCGGUGCGCUUCAAAGAAUUCCGAGCAUCUUGUCGAAGAGUGGCGAGUGUGGAAAAAAGCCCGACUUGUAUGCUCGCCGUUGUCACAGCCAGCUUUCAAGUGUUGUGCGAAUUAACGCAGACCUUCAUUAAACUGGUCCGAGGGGUUCGCACAGAAACUCAAAGACAGCAGCUGUUGAGGAAAGUGGAGGAAGUCGCUAUUAACUACACUUUGCUUCUCCGCGCAGCGGAGGAAUCGAUGGGACAUUCAAGCAGCCUGCCAACGAAAACAGUGAGCCCUCAAGUGUCCUCCAACACCAACAACAUGAGCUCACUCACCCGACCCAUCAAAGUGCUUUCUGCCCAAUAAGGAGAACUUUGGCGGGAUUGUGAACAAAACCAACUUACGCGCAUUAAUUAUUUAUUUAUUGUUUACAUUUUUACUGAAUGUGAAAUGGAUACUCAAUGCAGCUGUUCCAUCCCAUGUUUACAGGCCCUGAGGUAGCCUUGUGGAUAUUGCUCUGAAAUGUAAAGAUUCACCAAACCAAUGCACAAGUGAACAGAACCCCAAAAAAGACUGGGUGAUACAGGGCUAAUCACCUCAUCAGUAUAUUAUCAAAACAAAUAAUUCAAUAUCGUAUAUUUUAUAUGUAGUAUAGAUUUGAGUUGUGUCUACCUAGAAAAUGUUUAAAAAAUUGUGAAGAAAAAGAGUGAUAAAUAUAUUUAAAGAGAAUUAUUAAGAUAAUAAAUAUAUGCUCUGGACAUUAAAGAGAAUUGGUCAAGUAGCGACUGCUGUAAAGUGCAUAGUUUAAAGCAAUGGUUGGUGACUAUGUCGAUACGUGGAACUAAAUGUUGUAAUGAAGAAAUUUCUGUUGGCUAUGUCGGACAUAUUUAAGACAUCAGCGCCAGUGUUGGAUAAUAAAAACCGCUCAAAGCCAAGCGCAACUUAUUAAACUUAGUCAUGCUGACCCUAUUGGUAUGCACUGGGUAUCAUGUAGCAGAGACCCAAGUAACACUUUUAUCCUCUGUACUAUACCAUCCUGUAGAGAAAGAACGCCCACACUGCACCCAAAUACAAAAUAUGUGUUAACACCAUCUUGCUUCACAAUGCCACUUGCAUCUCACUAUUCAUAAAUUAAAUGAUAAAUGGGUUAUACUUGUAUAGCGCUUUUCUACCUUCAAGGUACUCAAAGCGCUUUGACAGUAUUUCCACAUUCACCCAUUCACACACACAUUCACACACUGAUGGAGGGAGCUGCCAUGCAAGGCGCUACCAGCACCCAUCAGGAGCAAGGGUGAAGUGUCUUGCCCAAGGACACAACGGACGUGACUAGGAUGGUAGAAGGUGGGGAUUGAACCCCAGUAACCAGCAACCCUCCGAUUGCUGGCACGGCCACUCUACCAACUUCGCCACGCUGUCCCCAUGUCAUGUGCACAAUAAGGCAGUUUUUUUUUGUAAAUGGACAAUCCAGACGCAAUUAAAACAUGAAGAGAAAGAAGGUGCACCAUGGCCCUAGAAAUGCUUAAUAUGUGAAUUUGGUUGUAUGUAAACAAGCAAAAGGGACAUGAUGGUGUGCUCCCAUAUAGCGCAAAAUACUACAUACUGUAAAAGAUGCUAUAGUUUUAAGUACACUCAUCCAACAGCAAUGAAAUAAGCUUACUCUUCAAAUUUCACACAGCUUCCGGAUUUAGAACUGAAGUUGAAAUAAUGUGUAAUUCAGUGUUUUUUCCCCAUCUUUCAACCAUGAGUUUGACAUCAUUCUCAUAUCUAAAGCCUUCAUAGGAUCCUGUGUCAUGUUAGGUUGUCAUCAGGCGCACUAUCAAUUUGCUUUCUGUGUGCUUUUGUACAUUGUGCAAUCUAGGACAUAUAUAAGAAACACACAAAGUAGUUUUAUAUGUAUUUUAAUAAAACUAACACAUCAGCCUCCUGUCUGAAGUCUUUGUGUCACACCCGCUAUCAGAAAUGGAAAAAAAAAAAAAAAAAAAGAUGCUUUCACACUUGUGAAUAUGUGAACUGGCCCAUUUUCUAUGAUUGAAAAAAAAGAAUAAAUUAUAUGAAAUGCUGAUUACAUCACUGUAUCUUUUCUUUCUAGUACAGUAAAUACAUCUCAAAUUAAAUUCUACCAAAAAUGUCCCAUGAAUCAUAAAUUCUACCAAUAUUUCCCAUAAAUCAUUUGGGGUGCUUGAUUGUGCCAUUUUUAGAUGUGACUGUGAC